CGGUGCCCGCGCCUCCCGGGCCACGGGCUCCAGCCUCUCCAGCACCGCGGGCGCCGCGCUGCUGGUGGCGGGCGCCUGCGCCGCCCGCAGCCGCAAGGUCUCCACCUCCACGGUCUGCAAGUCCUUCGAGAAUGAGCUGGGCACCACCCUUCCCAUGAAGUACUUCGAUCCCCUGGGCAUGGCCAAGGAGGACGAUGCGGAAGACUUCCGCCGCCGCCGAAUGGCAGAGAUCAAGAACGGACGCGUGGCCAUGCUUGCCACCAUUGGCUAUAUUGCUCCAGAGUACUUCCGACUGCCCGGCUACUGCAGCCCCUCCGCAGACCUCAAGUUCGCGGACAUCCCCAACGGGGUCCAGGCCCUCUACAAGAUGCCCGCGGAGGGCUGGGCGCAGAUCGCCUGUUUCAUCGGCUUCCUCGAGCUCUUCGCCAUGAGGCAGGAGAAGGACCGCGCUCCGGGCGACUUCGUGGGCUUCUCCAAGCUCGGCCUCCCGGGUGGCAGCGCGCCGAUG